UUCUGCCCCGGAAGUGUUUUGAAAUUGUUGCAAUAUAUCAUCAGAAGCAUUUUAAACGAGAUUCGGACUCUGGAGCCGGUUUCGCUGCAGUGAUCUGACAGAGAGCGGUGUGACGGUGGGAAAAUGGAUUUGGAUUUAAUGAACAUGUGUGUCCUAGCAGGAGGUACACUUGCCAUACCCAUUCUAGCUUUUGUAGCUUCAUUUCUACUGUGUCCUGCAGCACUCAUCAGAUUCUAUUACUGGUACUGGCGAACAACGUUAGGUAUGCAAAUUAAAAAUGCCGACUAUGGCAACUAUCGAUUCUGUUAUUCAUGCCGUGGGAAACCUGGUAGUAAACCUUCCAUUUUGAUGUUACAUGGAUUUUCAGCUCACAAAGACAUGUGGCUGUCUGUGGUGAAGUUUUUGCCUAAGAACCUGCACCUGAUCUGUGUUGAUAUGCCAGGACAUGAGGGUACAACCCGUACUUGCAUUGACGAUUACUCCAUAGAUGGGCAAGUAAACAGAAUCCACCAGUUUGUUGAAUGCAUUGGGUUGAAUAGGAAACCAUUUCACCUGAUUGGUACAUCAAUGGGUGGUAAUGUUGCUGGUGUUUAUGCUGCUCGGCACCCAACAGAUCUCUGUGGCCUAACUCUCAUCUGCCCCGCAGGUCUGUGGUAUCCCAAUGAAAGUAAAUUUGUGAAAGAGCUGAAGUCAUUGGAGCAAACAGGAGAUGUUAGUAAAGUCCCCCUAAUUCCAUCCACCCCUGAGGAGAUGGAAGAGAUGCUGAAGCUUUGUUCUUAUGUCCGCUUCAAAGUACCUCAGCAGAUUCUUCAGGGUCUUGUGGACGUUCGAUUGCCUCACAAUGACUUUUACCGUGAAUUGUUUCUGGAAAUAGUUGGAGAAAACUCAAGACACACUUUGCAGGAAAACAUGAAACUAAUCAGAGCUCCGACUCAGGUCAUUUGGGGAAAGCAGGACCAGGUACUGGAUGUUUCUGGCGCUGGAGUCCUUGCUGAUAACAUUCCUGGCUGUAGAGUGGAUCUCUUGGAAAACUGUGGCCAUUCUGUGGUAAUGGAGCGGCCCCGCAAAAGUGCUAAAAUUAUCCUGGAGUUUUCAGCUUCUCUACAAAACACAAGAUCAGAAAGCAAUAAGAAAUUCGCCUAACAUUGAUAAAUGAAAUCUGUAUUGCUUUGAAUUGCAAAUAAAAUGAGAUGCUGAGAUAA